AUGUCUCAGAUAAUUUCAAAAUUAACCUAUCAAGUAAAUUUACCUAAAUCGCUGGAAAUAGAAGAUUAUUAUUAUAGCCCUAUUUUUAGCACAAAUAAUAAUAUGUUUUGGCAAUUAUUACUCCAACUUGAAGAUAAUGAAGAUAAUGACUCUUAUGGACUUUUUUUACAGCCAGUUGCAGGUCCAGAUGAAGUUACUUGGAGAGAACGUUCAAAAUUAUCUUUCAAAAUAUUUAUAAAAGAAAUUAGGAAUAAUAAUAAAACCGCUGAACUUUAUAAUAAAAGUUUUAUUGUACCCCCUGAUACUCCUAUUGGAUACGAUUUUGGAUAUCAUAACGUAAUUAAAAAAUCUUCACUUCGAAAUGGAGAAUUAAUAAUUGGAGUUAUAGUUAAUAAUAUUGAAUAUAAUGAAAGCGACAUUCGUAAAACAUAUUAUCCUGAACCUAUUCCAAAGAAUCUUAUAGAAGCAUGGAAAGAACAAUUAUUUGAUUUUCGAUCGGUUGAUGUGGAAUUUGAUGUACAAGGUGAAAAAUUCUACGCUUGCAGUUCAAUACUUUCUAAAAGAUCAGAAUAUUUUGCGAAAAUUUUAUCAGGUCAUUGGUCCGAAUCAACAUUUCUUGGUCAAAAUGAACCUUCUAUAAAUUGCGAUAUUAAAUUUAUUAACAAGAGUAAUUAUCCUAAUAUAAAUCUAGAUGGGAAAAAUGAUGAUAAUGAUGAUAAUCCAAUAUGUCAAAUAAAACAUCGUAUUAAAAUUUCAGAAUACGAUCCAAUUACAAUUUCUGCAAUGCUUGAAUAUCUUUACACAAAUCAAAUUAAAUGGACCAAUAAAGAUAAUGAUUCUAUCACCACAGAAUUAUUUCGUUUGGCAGAUCAAUAUCUUUUAUCAGAUCUCCGAGAACGAGCAAAAACUAGGAUUUUAGAAGAAUUAAAAAUCUCAAAUGUAUCAAAAAUUAUGUUUGAUUUAGUUCCAAAAUAUGGAGAUUUAAAAGAACCAGUUUUAAAUUAUAUGGCAAAAAAUUUUGAACAAGUCAAUGAUUCUCAAGAAUUUAAAGAUAUUUUGGCAAAUUUAGUAGAUUAUCCAAAUUAUAAUGUAAUUUUAUCAGAAAUUUUGACUGAACAUUUCAAAAUUCAAAAAGCUUAUAGUUUUUAG